CACGGUGCAAGACAAAUCUCAACGCAGAUACGCAGAGGUAUAUAAUUUGGAUAUGCUUUUCUAAACCCUACGCAACAGGACGUUUUGUACCAAAAUGGAAACAAAACCACGAGCUUAACGUGCUCAAAUAAUUUAGACCAUUAAUUACCUACCAGUUUAGGGCUGAAUUUUCAUGGAGAAGACGAUUUGUUCUGCACAGUAAAUUAGGGCUGGAGAAACGCAUACAAGAGAAAAUUAAAAAUUGAGGCGUGCACGGGCACAGAUAAUGGAUUGGUGGUAGGCAAAGGUUUGGAACUUUGGGUCGAGAAAAUUUAUACCUAGUUGGGCUUGUAGAGAUUCAUUCGUCCACGUAUUCUCUUGCCUAUUCUCUCUACCCACGCUCACUUUUUUGGGAAAAAGUGGAUUGCCAGGGCGAGCAGAGCAUGCGAUUUAGGUUAGAGGAAUUCCGAUUCUGAUUGAGAAAUGGUAGAGGAGAUGAAUAUUGAGGAGGGCUUGUUGAGAGGGGUCGAGUGGAGGAUCAAAUUGGGAGUGCUGCCUGCAAACACGCGCUCCAUUUCUCAGCUCAGGCGAGCCGCAGCCGAUGGCCGACGGAAGUAUGCUGAGUUAAGAAGGCGCCUUCUUGUUGACCCACAUAUUAUGGAAGAAAACCAUGCAGGUGCUGAUCUGAGUAUGGACAAUCCUUUAUCACAAAAUCCAGAGAGUGUAUGGGGCCGCUUCUUUCGGAAUGCUGAACUUGAAAGGACCAUAGACAAUGAUUUGUCACGGUUAUACCCUGAGCAUGGCAGCUAUUUUCAGACCACUUCAUGCCAGGCUAUUCUCAGACGCAUUUUGCUGCUAAGAGCAUUAAGGUAUCCAGAACAUAGCUAUCGGCAAGGAAUGCACGAACUGCUUGCUCCUCUCUUGUAUGUUCUGCAUGUUGAUAUCAUGCAUCUCUCCCAUGUGAAGCAUCUGUAUGGAGACCUUUUUGAUGACAGGUUUGAGGAUCUCUCAUUUCAAGAGAUCAAUCGAAGUUUGAGCAAGAAUUUUGAGGAACGAAAAAACAUAUCAAUCUUUGGUAAAACUGUGAUGAAAGUGGAAGAUGAGGCCAAAUCAGUGGAUAGCAUUUCCAGCGUUGACAGCUCUUGUACUGAAUCAAGUUUGGGCAAACUUGGCAGUAGCGAUAAUCUUGAUACAGAUUUCAUGUCUAUCAUUUUGAGCAGUGAUGCAUAUGGGGUGGAGGGGGAGCUUGGGGCUCUUUUAUCUACAAGAUUUUUGGAACAUGAUGCUUACUGUAUGUAUGAUGCAUUAUUGAGUGGAGCAGGUGGGGCAGUUGCUAUGGCAGAUUAUUUCACGAACACCCCUGCAGCCGGCUCUAUAGCAGGGUUGCCUCCUGUUAUUGAAGCAUCUGCUGAUAUAUACAAGUUACUUGCCAUUGCUGACAUUUCCUUGUACUGUCAUUUAGUCGACCUUGGUGUUGAACCCCAGUAUUUUGCUUUGCGUUGGUUGCGUGUGCUGUUUGGUCGAGAGUUUGUGCUUGAGAAUCUGUUACAUGUUUGGGAUGCUAUAUUUGAAGCAUCUAAUACUCCUCUAUCAUCUUAUGGAAAUGAUGUCCAUGGAAGUAGUAUUCCAUACUCUCCUCGCAGUGCAUUCAUUUCAGCUGUAGCAGUUUCGUUGCUUUUGCAUCUGCGAUCCUCAUUGCUUAGCACAACAAAUGCAACAACUUGCCUCCAAAAGUUGCUUAAUUUUCCAAAGGAUGCAGAAGUGAAGAAGUUAAUUAAUAAGGCAAAGCUGCUUCAAGCUCUGGCUUUGGAUACAAAUGACAGUAGUCCACCUUCCAUUGGGAAAAUGGGCCAAAAUUUUGAAAAUGGAGGAAUAACUAAGCUUGUUAGGAGCACAAGUGCUUCUCCUUCAUGUCAGGCACCCAAAUUGUCUCACAAAGCUGCAAUUUUGCAUCACCAAAAAUCAAGUUCAUGUUCACCAGAUAAAUUGACAGUUGCAGUGCCAGAGAGCUAUUGGGAGCAGAAAUGGAGGAGUUCUAUGCUACAAAGAAAUGUGCCUGAAGAUUCAUUUGGUCAAGAAAGUGAAUGUCUUGGCAAGGCUUUACCUGGGCAAGUAGAUUUCAAGAAUUCUGCUGAUGCUUCAUGUCAAGAACAUAUUGUUUGCAACUCUGUUGAUAGUUCGGAGUCGCAGGAAAUAGGAAAUGAGUACGGUUCCAUCCCAUCAAUUGCUGACCAAGGGUUCUCAAUUGUUAUUGGUGCCAAACAUGAAAGUGGUACUUACUCUGUCAGAUCAGCUCGAAGAAAAUUGCUAGAUGAUAAGUUUGAGGGAAAUGAUACCAAUACCACAGAUAAAAAUGUAUCAAGUGGAAAUAAUUUUGAUCAGCAUAAUGAAAGGCGCUUGGUGGAUGACAUAGAUGACAGAGGCACAGAUAUUUUAAAAUGUAAUGAUUCUUUAAAAGAUUUUAACUCUGACACUCCUUCAGUCCAACGAAGUGAGAGUCAGAGCAAAGAAACAAACCAGGAGACUAAUGCAUUGGCUUCAUCUUUAGAUGCCCAUAUGACAACUGACUUAGAAGUGGAUAAAAAUUCUAUGCAUGCUAAGGAUAGAAUGAACAAUGCAAGUAUGGCAGCUAAAGAAGAAUCCUCAGAAGUUUCCAUCAGUGGUGGUGGACAUAUUCAAACAUCUCUACAGCGUCCAUGUGAGGUUUCCACGAAAUGUACGUCCAAGGAACCAUCAGGGAAGGUCCUCACAAGUGGUUCUUCACAAAUAGAAGGGAAUUCAGGUGCUACUAGAAAACAAAACCCUCCAACAGCAGCUCAUUCUGGAAAGAUCCAUUGGAUUUGGAAUUUAUUUAGGAAUAACAGUAUUGAAAAAGGGAGUAAUGGACUUUUCAAAACCAAAGGAAAAGACAACAUUGUUUCUGAUUGCAAGAAGGUUUUCCCUGAGAAAAGUAGUGUGUCUCCAGAAAACAAGAAUGAUGAAGGUAACUCCCACUAUGCUUGUGAGAAUAAAACUAGAAGAGAUCAGACCUCACAAAUUUGUGAGGAUGGCAGAGAUCAAGCCAUCAUUUGUGAAAAUCAUGGAAAUCAAGCCUCACAUGUUUGUGAGGAUAUUAGAGAUCAUCAUUCACACAAUUUUGAAGAUGACAGACCUGAGCCCUUACAAAUUUCUGAGGACGGUAGAGACCAGCCAUUACACAUUUCUGAGGAUAGCGAUCAGCUCUCACAUGUUUGUGAGAAUGACAGAGAGAAUCUGUUUUCUGAUCAUGAAAUUAAUGGAGAUGAGCUCUCUUGUAGUUCAGAUGCUUCAAGUGCAAAUGCAGCAAAUUGCAGUUGUUCAUCCCCCCUUGUUAAAUCAGAGGCAACAUUACUUUCUAAAAGUGAGGACCCAUCAGAUAAUUUGAGAAUUUUGGGUCAAUCUAUGCUUGAGAAUAUUCAGGUCAUUGAAUCAACUUUUUUGCAAGGUUGUGUUACAAAGAACAAGGAUGAAAUGCAUGUUGCUUCAACAGAAAGGUUGGAGCAUUCGUCCAUGAAUGUACUUGCAGGAAAAGGACAGGCUGCAGCUCUGGCUGCUCUAACAGAGUUGCGGAAGAUCAGCAAUGUUUUGUCACAGAUGUGAUCCCAAUGUAUAUAUAAUAUAUUAUGCAUUCAUUCUUCUAUUCUUGUUUGAUAAGAAGUUUGGUCUUUUCCACAGCCUGCAGCAGAUCAAUAAUGCAAUUCCACUUUUUGGAGUGGAAUCCGUAGAAGAUCUUUCUACUUAUACAUAAAGGUGCAUUGUAUAUUAGGGACUGCGGAGAUUUUCCUUUCCCAGUAAUUGUGGAAAGUCUUGAUCAGAUAAAAAUAAUAUUUCCUGCUGCCAAAUAAUUUCUUGAUGGCAAACUUAAUGUACAACUGAUUUUUCCCCUCAUGAAACAAAAGAAGGCAAAGUAUCUUUGGGAUUUCCUUCA